GUGCAGGAGGAAGCGAAGGUCAAGCAAACGAAGAAGAAACGGAAAACGAAGAAGAAAAAGCAGGAAGCAAACAGCUGUUUCUGCAAGUUGACACGUUCUGUCUACUUUUUCAACUAUUUCAGUGUUUUGUGGAUUAUUUAAUUCAUGCAACAUGUCGGAGGAUCUGCGGGCAGAACUGCAGAAACAUUUGGAAACUUUAAACAUCCAGACGAGUUGCGUGGAUCAUCCACCGGUGUAUACAGUGGAGGAGAUGAUGCCGCACCUUCAGGACGUUGAUGGCGUGGUCACCAAGAAUCUUUUCCUGAAGGACAAGAAGAAGAAAAGUUUGUGGUUGGUGUCUGCACGCCAUGACCGCCAGGUCAACCUCAACGACCUGGCCAAGAAGCUUGGCGUGGGCAGUGGAAACCUUCGCUUCGCAGACGAGGCCACCAUGUUGGACAAACUCAAGGUGGGUCAGGGCUGUGCCACGGCUCUGGCUCUGCUCUUCGACAAGGACCAGAGCGUCACGCUGGUCCUGGACCAGGACCUGCUGGAAGGAGGACACCAAAUGGUCUUCUUCCACCCCAUGACCAACAGCGCCACCAUGGGGCUGCGGCCGCAAGACCUGCUGCGCUUCCUCAAGGAGACGGGUCACGACCCCGUCCUGGAGAACUUUGAGUAGCGGGAAGACGAGGAGACGCUUCUGCUCCUGGUUCUGGUUCUGGUUCUGGACACAGGAGCAGGAGCAGCAUACAAGUCCACAAACAAACUGACAGCAGGACAGAAAACAUUUCACUUUUAGCUGUUUUGUUUCUGCCUUUUUACUGGAAUAAUUCAUAAAUCGUAUGAUAAAAUUUUACUCUUUAGAAUGACACACUUUUAAAAACAAAAGUCUUUCUGUUUCCUUCUGGGAACUGUUGCGUCUGACCAGUCUUCCUCUCCGGGAAUUAAAGUCACUGGUCAAUCCCAAGUU